AUGGGCCCCAUAAUGGCUUCCAAGCAACAAGAAGUGGAUAUUUUAGAAAAUUGGGAAGAUAUCGAAGAGACUGAUGUUUUAGAAAAAAAAUUUAAUAACCUUAUAACACCAAGUAAAUCACUCGAUAAUAAAAGUAAUGGUAGUUUAGACCAACCUGUUAAAAUUAUACUAACAGGAGAUGAUGCCUUAAGAACUCAGUAUGUGCCUCCAGAGCCCACAGUUAAAAUACUUAAGCGACCAUCAAAAGAUAUUCAUAGUAACGGCGAUUCUAAAGUGUAUCAACCUAAGAAAACUUUACAACAAAGAGAAUUAGAGUAUGCAGAAGCAAGACUUAGAAUAUUAGGUGAAGCUAGUCCUGAAAAACUUGAAGAAAGAAUCAGUAUACAAAAACCAACUUCAACAGAAAACAUGAAUAUUCUUAGGAUGCCCAGAGGUCCAGAUGGCACAAGAGGUUUCACAUUUAGGAGGUAG